CGCUACGGAAGUGACGUACAUUGUAUGAGCCGGGAGGCCUGGAGAAUCGCUUUUCUUUGGUAGUGUUCGGCGAAUAAAGAUUCUGAGGGAUAGCGGAAGGCAACCCAAAUUGGCGGCUGUUUGUGCUGUCUGCAGGGCGCACACACACAGGACCGCUGUAUGUAUUAAAGUCAGAUUUGUGUGUGGGUGUUAUACCGGCCUGGUGCUUUUUAUCACUUGACACGAACAGAGCGCGGAUAAACGGAAGGCUUUAGGUUGUUCCACUCCAAAUGGGGGAUGAAAAAGACACCUGGAAAGUAAAAACACUGGACGAGAUUUUGCAGGAAAAGAAAAGACGGAAAGAGCAAGAAGAAAAGGAGUCGAAGCACAACAAAAAUGCUGAUGACCGUGAUUCUAAGAGAGACUCUUUGGAAGAGGGAGAGUUGAGAGAUCACAGAAUGGAGAUUACCAUAAGAAAUUCCCCAUACAGAAGAGAGGAUUCCAUGGAAGAUAGAGGUGAGGAAGAUGACUCCUUGGCUAUUAAACCUCCGCAGCAGAUUUCUCGAAAAGAAAAAUCUCAUCACAGGAAAGAUGAGAAAAGGAAAGAAAAACACCGGCACCGCAGCCACUCAUCUGAAGUACCGGGUGGAAAACAUGCCCGUGGGAAAGAGAAGGAAAGGGAACAUGAUAGAAGGAAGAGGCACAGAGAAGAGCAAGAUAAGGCCCGGCGUGAUUGGGAGAGACAAAAAAGGAGAGAAAUGGCAAGAGAGCAUUCCAGGAGAGAGAGUAGGGACCGAUUGGAACAGUUGGAACGUAAGCGUGAACGUGAAAAGAAAGUAAAGGAACAAAAAGAACGAGAGAGGAGAGCAGACGAGAGACGCAGGCGUGAAGGGCUCACAGGAUCUGCGCUUCCAAAGCACAGGAAGCUAGACCUCUUGCAAGAGAGAGACAGAACGCAGUACAAUACACACUUUGCAGAUGCAAGAAUUCUUGUAGAGUUUAGCACUCAAAUGCCUACCCACCACAGAACUGCUAGGGAAGAACAUGGAGAUAAAAACAAAGCAAAUUAUCGCAGUCGCAGUCCUAUACGUCAAGAGAGAGAGCGUAUAGAAGCGGGAGAAGGAAGGAAGCAAGCGAAAGUGGAGAGGUCGGAAGACCGUGAUCCUUUGUCGGACCUCCAAGACAUCAGUGACAGUGAAAGGAAAACAAGCUCUGCAGCAUCUUCAUCAGCAGAGACAGUGUCUGGUACUGAAGAGGAAGAAGAAACUACCAGUGAAGAAACUGAAGGAGAAGAGGAAGAAGAAGAGGAGGAAACGGGAAGCAAUUCAGAAGCAGUUUCUGAACAGACAGCAGAAGAGGUCAGUGAAGAAGAGAUGAGUGACGAGGAAGAAAGGGAGAAUGGAAAUCAUGUUCCAGUUGUGACAGAAUCCAGAUUUGAUCAUGACUCUGCUGAUAGUGAAGAGGAAGAGGAGGAUGAUGAGGAAGAUGAAGAAAUGAGGGAUGCAAGCCCACAUUCUAAUGCUCAAACAGAUGGAGAAUAUGUCCCAGACUCUCCAGUCAUAUCUCCUAUCGAACUUAAGCAAGAGCUACCCAAAUAUCUUCCAGCUCUACAGGGUUGCCGUAGUGUAGAAGAAUUCCAAUGCUUAAAUCGUAUAGAAGAAGGGACAUACGGUGUUGUGUACAGAGCAAAAGACCGGAAAACUGAUGAAAUUGUUGCCCUGAAAAGACUCAAGAUGGAAAAGGAGAAGGAAGGGUUCCCUAUAACAUCUCUUCGUGAAAUAAACACAAUUCUUAAAGCUCAGCAUCCUAAUAUUGUUACAGUGAGGGAAAUUGUGGUUGGAAGCAAUAUGGAUAAGAUCUAUAUUGUCAUGAAUUACGUGGAACAUGAUCUUAAAAGUCUUAUGGAGACUAUGAAACAGCCUUUCCUACCAGGUGAGGUGAAAACACUAAUGAUUCAGCUGUUGCGUGGUGUCAGACAUCUCCAUGACAACUGGAUUCUACACAGAGAUCUAAAAACCUCCAAUUUGCUACUCAGUCAUUCUGGGAUACUGAAGGUUGGAGACUUUGGUUUGGCGCGGGAGUAUGGCUCGCCGUUGAAGCCUUACACACCUAUAGUUGUCACUUUAUGGUACAGAGCCCCAGAGUUGUUACUUGGAGCUAAGGAAUAUUCUACGGCUAUUGACAUGUGGUCAGUUGGUUGUAUAUUUGGUGAACUCCUUACCCAGAAGCCACUGUUCCCAGGAAAAUCUGAGAUAGAUCAGAUCAACAAAGUGUUUAAGGAUCUUGGAACUCCAAGUGAGAAAAUCUGGCCUGGGUACAAUGAACUUCCAGCAGUCAAGAAGAUGACCUUUACAGACUAUCCGUACAACAACCUCAGAAAGAGAUUUGGCGCUCUUCUUUCAGACCAAGGAUUUGAUCUAAUGAACAAGUUCCUGACUUACUGUCCAGCCAAGAGAAUCAGUGCAGAAGAUGGCUUAAAGCAUGAAUAUUUUCGUGAAACUCCUCUGCCCAUCGACCCAUCAAUGUUCCCCACAUGGCCAGCUAAAAGUGAGCAGCAGAGGGUUAAACGUGGCACUAGUCCCCGUCCCCCAGAAGGUGGACUGGGGUAUAGCCAGCUGGGUGAUGAUGAUCUGAAAGAUACUGGAUUUCAUUUGACUACUACUAAUCAAGGAGCUUCAGCUGCCGGCCCUGGAUUCAGCCUCAAGUUUUAAAUGAACUCUAAGGAAAACCACCUCACUAUCUUUUUAGACUUGGGACUAUGUUUUUCUUUGUUAUUGUUGCUGCAAACCUUGACGACCCCUUGCAUCUAUUCAAAUACUGUUGCAGCUAAACAUAUGGCAGAAAUGAAUACUCAAAAGGGGACCUAAAUGCAUAAGCAAGGACUUACGGAAAUAUAUUAAAAGAAAAAGUCUUUGACUUAUUUAUUUUUCAUUACUGUAAAUUUGUAGAAUUAAAACCUUUUAUUGUUUAA